CCGAAGAAAGGAUGGAGAAAGACAGAGGCAACAUAAAGAAGCCGUGGGAUACCUGCAGGGAGACUCCCAUCAUUAAGGAUGAACAGACGCCAUGGAAGAUCAUCAAACUGCUAAAGAUCGCCUCUCUGGCUAUCGUCGCAGUGUUUGUCUUUGGAUUGGCGCUAUGUAGCAAGACGACGUUCCUACUGCUCAUUACCUUGUCCCACAAAGGCACAAAAGUCCUCCCAGAUAACAUGAAACCCGUUGCUCUGCUGUGUAUCGGCUGCGCCCUCAUCAUUUCCAGUGUUUUUCUAUUGCUCAAAAGCUUUUGGAAGUCAUGCUAUAAAACGUCAAAGCUGCCAAGAAAAUCAACUGUAGCACUGGUCCUUUUCUUUGAGUUCCUAGUGGCUACAGGUGUAGCGAUUCUCACCAUAGUGGCGAUGCCACACUUAGACAUCGUGACCAACGUGGCAAUUCUGAAUGGUGUAGCCGUUCUCUCUGCGCUCCUCCAGGUGAUAGCUCAAUGCUCCGCCAAAGAAAGAAACCGCUUCCUGCUGCCGUCCAUCUUUGCCUUCAUCCUCAUUUUGCUGGGUUACGCCCUGUUCCUCUAUCUAUACAUCACAAAGAAUCCUACUGAUGUCAAGAUGAUCAUUUGGGUGGGUCUGGCUGUUGGUGCGUCCUUCUUGGUGUCUUUGAACUGGUGGGAGAGCUAUUUGAGACUUAUCAGCAAGAACAGCAACUCCGUAUUCCUCAACAAUUUCUGUAAAGACUUGACAAAGUGCCAGAAUGUAGUGCGCAUCCUAACCAGCCUGCUGAGGAUUGCCGUGACCGCCUGUGUGCUCGGAGCCUACGUCCACUUGGACAACAUGGACUGGAAAAUCGUGACCCUGAUUCCAAGCCGUGAGACAAAAAUUAUAGCCAUCAUCAUCGGGGUCCAGCUGAUCUCAUCUGCACUCUGCCACUGGUUUUCUUUGGUAGCCUGCAAGAUGCACGCCCUGCGGCGAUGCUUCAUCAUGCCUUUGUACCUGGCCUCUCUGGCCGUCAUGGUUCUGUUUGUUGUCCCCGUUAUCGUUUACUAUCAAAACUACAGAACCAGUUUGAACGGGACUUCAAUCAACUUCAUAGGCUACUGCAGUCAAGUUGUGGAUGGAAGAAACCAAAGCCUAAAUGACAAUGUGUUCCGAGAGCUGGUUUUGGAUGUCACACACACUCUGUGCUUCCUGGACAUGUCCAAGAUGGCUGACAUUGGAUUAUUGACAGGGUCGGCAGUAUCCUGGUGGCUCGGCCUUUUGCUGGCCACUCUCCAUCUGUGGUACCUAAACGUGGAUCGUAUCCAGAGGACCCAAGACCUGUUCACCAGGAGGCUGUAUGAAGGAGCAUUUAUUGAACAGUCCCUGCUCCUCAACACCCGAUUCGACAUCCUGUCCAAAGACAGGAAAAAGAAGGUAUACGAAACGUUGAUGGUGUAUCUGUGUGCGACAAUGUGGCACGAAACCUACAGCGAGAUGAUGAACAUCAUUAUCUCAAUAUUCAGACUGGAUAAGUACAGACCAAAGACAGAAGAUGAAAAGAACACUGAUUUCAAGUUUGAAACCCAUAUCUACUUUGAUGAUGCGUUCACUGAUGAUAAAGAUAGUCGGGGGCGUCACCUCAACAAAUAUGCACUAAACCUUGUGGAGAUCUUCACAGAAGUUUAUGGAAUCUUCACAAACAUCAACAACGAGUUCUUCAAUAAGAAGCAGCAAAUCCCUGAACAGAAUAUAAUAAGGACGCCGUAUGGAGGACGCCUGGAGGUCGCCAUGCCUCAUGGGAACAUCAUCACCGUUCACUUUAAGGAUAAAGAUCUCAUCCGCCACAAGAAGAGAUGGUCCCAGGUCAUGUAUCUUUACUAUCUUCUGGGCUGGAAACUCAUGACCAAGUAUUAUGCACGCUAUCAGAAGGGAGAGGACGGGCCUGAGUUUAGAGCAGAAGUUGAGAAAGAAAAGCAAAACACCUACAUCCUGGCUUUAGAUGGAGACACAGACUUCCAACCGGCUGCUUUGAUGCUGCUCAUCGAUCGUCUGAAAAUGUACCCAAGUGUCGGAGCAGCGUGUGGCAGGAUUCACCCCACUGGCUCAGGUCCCGCAGUGUGGUUCCAGAAGUUUGAGUACGCUAUUAGUCAUUGGCUGCAAAAGACAGCGGAGCAUGUCAUUGGCUGUGUGCUUUGCAGCCCCGGCUGCUUCAGUCUAUUCAGAGCAAAGGCGCUGAUGGACGACAACGUGAUGAAGAAAUACUCCAGCAAGUCCAUGGAGGCGAGCCACUACAUCCAGUACGAUCAAGGUGAGGACCGCUGGCUGUGUACUCUGCUGCUGAAACAAGGAUGGAGAGUGGAGUACAAUGCAGCAGCUGAUGCUUUCACCAAUGCACCGGAGAACUUCAACGAACUCUACAACCAGCGUCGGCGUUGGGGGCCGUCCACAAUGGCCAAUGUGAUGGAUCUCUUGGGCGCAACCAGCACAGUUUCCAAGAAAAACCGAAGCAUAUCCAAACUUUUCAUGUUCUACCAGCUCUUUGCCAUCGCCUCAGCCAUCCUGGCCCCUGCCACAAUCUGCCUUAUGGUUGCAGGUAGUUUUACCUUCAUCUUUAACAUGAAUGCCAGCGCUUCCCUGGUCCUGGCUAUCAUACCGCCUGUCAUCUACCUUAUUCUUUGCUUUUAUCUGAAGUCCGAAACUCAGAUUACAAUUGCAGGAGUCCUAAGUGUCUUGUACGCAUUCCUCAUGUUGGUGGUGACGUUAUCCAUUAUCGGCUCAAUGGUGAAAGAAAAGACUAUCCUGACACCCAGCGGCAUGUUCGUCAUUGCCAUUUCUGCCAUUUACAUCAUCACAGCGAUAAUGCAUCCUCAGGAAAUCCAACUGAUCUUCUACGGCGUACUCUACAUCCUCUAUCCAAGCGCCUACCUCCUUCUCUCCAUCUACUCCAUGGUCAACAUGAACAACGUUUCCUGGGGCACCCGGGAGACAAAACCUGUUGCUGGAGAUGCCCCACCACAGCCUUCCACCCCACAAACAAGAACCCAGAAAGCCAAAAGUGCAUGCCAACGGUUCUUCUCGUGGGCCAGAUGUUGUAAAAACUCCAACCAGAGUUCUGGAGACGGGCAUCACGGUGACGGCCAGCCAGUCCUGAUCCCACAGUCCGCACAGCCAGAACUCCGGCCCCAAAACACACGUGUUGAUAGCCCAAUGUUUACAGUGAAUGCUAAUUUAUCAUCUGAUUUAUCUGUUUGUGCUACAAGGCAACCGAAACCUGAUUUUCAAGAUUGGGUCACACAAAUGAAGGAUGUGUUCAGUGACAUGCAGCUGCAGGAGGCCUCACUCAAAAAGGAGGAGGAGCAGUUCUGGAUGGAUCUUCAGAAGAAGUACUUGGAGCCUUUGCAGGUUGAUAAAGAGAGACAGCAAAAGAUUGUGAAUGACCUGCGACAGCUGAGAAACAAAAUAAACUUUGCCUACUUCAUGAUGAAUGCCCUGUGGCUGGUGGCGACAUUUACCCUCCAGCUCUUCGAGGCCACCGUCGCUAUCCCGAUCACCUUAGUCGACUUGGACCUCAAGCCCACCGGAACAGUACUACGUGUCGACCCCAUUGGCUUUAUGUUCAUUCUGGGAUUUGCGUCAAUGGUUGGAAUCCAGUUCCUUACAAUGUUCUACCACAGAAUCUACACUCUGAUCCAUUAUGUGGCCUUUUUGGACACAGAGCCCAAAGAGAAAAACAAUGAACCAAAAGAACUAUACCUUCCCGGCAAAAAGGACGUAUCUAUCUCCAACAACGACUCCGUCAUUGAAACCAACUCCCUGGAGGACUCUGACCUUGAUGACAGUGAUGAAUAUGAGGAUGAUUCUUUCUAAAACAGACGUCAUGAUGGAUGGAGUACAACGUAUACAUAGUCUCUGUGAACAACACUUUUUAGCACUUUGAAAUUUCCAAUGUAAGUGAGCUUUUACCGAAAAUGCCUUUAUAAUGUAUUUUAUUCAUGUUUGCAUCUAAGUAUGCACAAUUUAUUUAUAAAAAGCUGUCA